GGAGAAGCGAGGAGACAGCGGAGGGAGAGUGGAGAGGAAAAGCGAGAGGGGAGAGGAGCGGCAUGACUCAUGUAAUUGACUGUUGAUGACUUCAAACAUUGAGACACUUCAUGUACAGAUACAGGCACAUUCUCUCACGACAGCCAUCCGAAGCAGCCAGACAGAAAGACGAGCUCUAGAAUAAACUCGCACAUCUCCGCGAGACACGUGAGAGUGUUCGGGUGCCUGUAAAGGAUUGCGUAUGUGUCCGAUAUUGUCGCCGUGAGCCGUCGCGCUGCUGAACGGACGAUGUGUUGCCGGGACUUUUCAGCUAUAGCACUUGAACGUGUAAGGAUGUGUUCCAGCAACCGCGCUCCUGCUUCUGUGUCCGUCUGCCUCCAUCCGAAUCCCCGGCGACUCUGACGGUGCUGCCUGCCUAUCUCAUACGCUGCAUGCAGCCAGUAGGUUGCUAGAAGGUGGCGCAAUGCCAGGCCAGCUGGGCACGGCUGUACUCGCAUAUGCUGCACUGUUUCUGGGCUUGUGUCAGGACUGCGCAGGACUCCACGGCAGGACCCGCGGAAGCCACGAUGCGCAGUCUUCCUCAUUAUCAUCACCAUCAUCAGGAGUGGGGCAGCGUGGAGGAGUGUCCCGAGGCCCCCAAAACUACCCCUCAAAUUAUAGUGAAAAUAUUAACGAUAACAUUAAUUCUGGCCAAACUGUGCCACACUUCCAGGGAAACCUCAGCGACCCCAGAGCCACAGACAAUAAUAAUAACAACAACAGCAGUAGCAAAGGCUCUGCAACUGUGAAAAGACCAAGAUUUACUGUUAGUGGGGAGGACCAGGGUGCGGACAGUGGGGCAACUCUGGUCUGUGCCUACAGGGUUUUGGAGACUGGGGGCAUGGAUAAGCUGUGUUUCCGGGCUACGCAGCACAGCUUUGAGUGCCAGAGCGGGGAGUGUCAGAGGGUGAGGUCUCUAGGGGGGCAAGUGGUGGCCAACGUGCUGACAAAUGGCAGCGUGUUAAUACAGUGGGGGCAGGACAGGGGACCGAAAGGUGAGCAGGGGCAGGGUAGGCUGAGGGGAGGGCGCGUUCAGGGGCCUGCAGUGGAGCCGGGAGGUGUACCUAAUGCUCCAGGUUCAGAGGCAACAAGUGAGAGGGGACAGAACCCCCCAGGAGAAAUGCCAGAGUUCACAGGUAGUAAGAAGAGCCUGAUUGCUGUGGCUAGAGCAGGGCCCAGAGGACGUGUUCAGCAGGGCGGCUUUGAGCUGCGCUGCUGGUGGAAUGGCAGCUACACGCAGUUUGAAUGCGCUGGCGUGCUCCUGGGCGCCGGCUGCAGGGAUUAUCUACUGAGCGAGCUACAUGAGAACGUCCCGUACCGCAUCUGCCUGCGUCCCCACCUGCGUCAGCCCCUCUCUGGCAGUGGUGGCCAUGGCGACGACCCCGGGGAAUGCGUGGAGUUCACCGUCUCGCCCUCGGGGAUGCAGGACAUUGUGAUCGCCAUGACGACUGUAGGAGGGGCCAUCUGUGUGAUGCUGGUCAUCAUCUGUCUGCUGGUGGCUUAUAUCACAGAGAAUAUCAUGAGCCCUGCCACACAGCACGCACCACGCUCCCAGCAUUCGGCCCGCACACACUCCCAUCUCUGAGAGUCAUCUCACACACCUACACAGACCACACAAACUGUACGUCUCCAGAGAAAAUAAUGAGCAAAGCCAGACAACUCAGAGAUUACUUUGCAGACACACACAUACUCACACACACCUCCAAGACUACUGUUCUGCCCAGGACUUUAUUCUGUGAGUGUGCAUAAUUGUGUGUGUCUGUUUUUCACUGUGUCGACAUCUCAGUCAAACAGGCAAUUACCGAUGUUAACUGUAAUAGGAUACCGUGUCAGAUAUUGUAGAUGGAAACAUUUGAACUUAUUUGGAUGCAUAACGUCGAGUGACAUAGAAACAAAUGUGUAUAGAUUCUUUUUUUUAAUGACUAAGAAUUUGUGAAUAUAGACUUCUGUUGAUCUGUUCUGCUGAUCUGUUAGCUAGACAGGCCCAGCUCAAAACCGACCCUGUACUUUUUAUGACAAUUAGUUAUGAUUAGCUUCCAUUGGUAUAUAGGUAUAGUAGACUUUUAUUAGGUAUUUAUUUAUAGUCGGCUUUUAUUUGGCAUUUAUUUACACUAGAAGGUUCAGAACAAUUCUAUACUCUAAUCCUAUAUUAGCACCCAAAACUAGACCUUCCCAAUAAUCUUAAACAGAGUAAACCCUAUUUUUCAAGACAAUGUGUACGUAGCUCUGUAGUUCUACACUGCUGUAUGUAUCAGGGUUGGUCAGUCUGUGCAAUACUGUUCUAUACUUCUGUAUACUGAACACCUUUCACACCAAAUAAAGGUUAUUGAGAAAAUGGGUUA